AUGACUUUGAUCAUCAACCCUGUGCUUAUCCGAGACAUUUGCCUUUUACUUCUCUAUACAUUCACCUCGUUCUUGGCAUUGAUCGGCAAUGGUGUUGUCUUUCGUAUAAGUUUUCUACGAAAACGAUCCAGUCAUCUACCAUCGAGUACAACCAGUAUACUUUUAUUAAAUCUCGCUUUUGCUGAUGGUUUAUCGGGAUUAGCAAUUCCACUACAGUUUAUCUUUUGUUCAACGCAUUUCCUUUACAAAGUUCCGUUCAGUUCUCAUCUAUGUGUUUUGAGUAAAUCUACACAAAUCUUGGCAUACAACGCUUCAACUCUAACCAUGUGCAUCAUUGCUUAUGAUCGCUAUCGUUUGAUACAAAAUCCGCUACGACAGUAUUCACGACGAAAUACGCGACAACCAAUUCUAUUCACUUGGUUCAUCUCCGCACUAUUUGCAUCCAGCUGUUUAAUAUCAAUGAAAGUUCAUACAUAUUUUCUUUCGAAACAAAAACUAAUCAGCUGUCAGAUAUUAUUUCCUGUUAAAAUUCAAGACAUUUCAAGUGGUUUAAUACGUAAAAUACGCGUCUUUUGUCUCGUUGUAUUAUUCUAUAUCAUUCCGCUUGUAACCAUAAGCAUCCUUUGUUGUUUAACCAUGCGUACGAUUGCCCGACGAACAGUCAUCGGUGUACAGCAAUUUCCUGCAUUCAAACAGACACGAACCCGUUCAAUACGUUUGUUAAUAAUCAUGGUUCUUGUCUUUGCAUUGUCUCAUCUACCUGUUCAUUUCUUACACAUUCGCGACUUUUUUGUGCCAUCGCUAUCAAAGUAUCAUACACAAAAAAAUCGCUGCAAUGCCUCAACAAUCUACUUGGUUUGCUAUUGGUUAGGUAUUAGUAGUUGUUGUCAUAAUCCAAUCAUCUACAGUUGGUUUAACAGAAGAUUUCGAACAGUUGCUUUGAACUGUUUUCGAUCGAUUGCGUUCUGUGGAAGGCAAUAA